AGGUCAUGCGGAGGGCACGUGCAGACCCUUUGUUGGAAGAGCAGCAGAAGCAGAUGCAGAUCUGCGUUCUCACUUCUCAGUUACAAACCGACGCCAAAAUUCUGAUUGGAAAUUGAAUUUGAUACAUAGAUAGAGGAAGAAGCAGCUUCCGGAAUCAGCCCUAGGAUAGGAUGGCGGCUUUCAUGACGGUUUUAGAGUCCGAUCUCAGGGCUCUUUCGGCCGAGGCUCGCCGCCGCUAUCCCGCCAUCAAGGACGCCGCUGAGCAUGCAAUCUUGAAGCUUCGAUCGCUGGCGAGCCCCAGUGAGAUUGCGCACAAUGAGGACAUUUUGAGGAUAUUCGUGAUGGCUUGCGAAGUUAGGAAUGCUAAGCUAAGUGUGAUCGGAUUGUCAUGCCUGCAGAAGCUUAUUUCGCACGGCGCCAUUGCCCCCUCUGCUUUGAAAGAAAUUCUUUCCACUCUCAAGGACCACGGUGAGAUGGCAGAUGAGAGCAUUCAACUUAAGACCCUGCAGACUAUUCUCAUAAUAUUUCAGUCUCGUCUACUUCCUGAUGAUGAGGAGAACAUGUCUCAUGCUCUUGGUAUUUGUCUCCGCCUCCUCGAAAACAAUAGGUCUUCUGACAGUGUGAGGAAUACGGCUGCAGCAACAUUCAGACAAGCAGUAGCGCUGAUAUUUGAUCAUGUGGUUUCCGCAGAGUCUCUGCCUGCAGGCAGAUUUGGUUCUGGAGGAUAUGUUUCUCGAACAAAUUCUGUGACAAGUGAUGUCAAUCGCAAUAUAAAGCGUCUAGAGUCGCUGGAAUUAGAAGUUAUUUCUGGAGGCCCGUCAUUAAAGAGACACACCCUUACAAAACCUGGGAAGCUUGGGCUUUGCUUACUGGAGGACUUGACGACUCUUGCUGCAGGUGGAUCUGCUAUUUGGUUACGUGCUGGUUCCAUUCAGCGGUCAUUUGCACUGGACUUGCUUGAGUUCAUAUUAUCUAAUUAUGUGGUGCUCUUCAGGACCUUGAUUCCAUUUGAGCAGGUUCUACGCCGCCAAAUAUGCUCACUUCUCAUGACUUCACUUCGUACCAACUCUGAGAUUGAGGGUGAAGUAGGAGAGCCUUACUUUCGCCGCCUGGUCUUGCGGUGUGUAGCCCAUAUUAUCAGACUUUAUAGUUCAUCACUCACUACUGAAUCUGAGGUGUUUCUCAGUAUGUUAGUGCGAGUUAUUGCUCUUGAUCUGCCGCUAUGGCAUCGGAUUCUUGUGCUUGAAGUUUUGAGGAGUUUCUGUGUGGAAGCACGCACCCUGCGUAUUCUUUUUCAGAAUUUUGACCUGCAUCCAAAUAACUCAAAUAUUGUUGAGGGUAUGGUAAAAGCUCUUGCUCGGGUUGUUGCCACUGUACAGUACCUAGAAACUGGCGAGGAGAGCCUUGCAGCUGUCGCUGGGAUGUUUAGCAGUAAGGCUAAAGGUAUUGAGUGGAGCUUAGAUACUGAAGCAUCAAAUGCUACUGUCUUGGUUGCUAGUGAAGCACAUGCCAUCACUUUGGCUAUUGAGGGUCUGCUGGGAGUUGUUUUUGCUGUUGCCACUUUGACAGAUGAGGCAGUGGAUGAUGGUGAGCUUGAGUCUCCCAAGUGUGAUACUGAUCCACCUGCAAGCUGUACUGGGAUAACUGCCAGGCUGUGUGUGUCAAUGGUUGAUUCGAUGUGGUUAACCAUUCUAGAUGCUCUUUCCCUCAUUUUGAUGAAGUCACAGGGAGAGGCCAUCAUAUUGGAAAUAUUGAAAGGUUAUCAAGCGUUUACUCAGGCAUGUGGAGUUCUUCGUGCUGUAGAGCCUUUAAAUUCUUUUCUUGCGUCACUUUGCAAGUUUACAAUUUAUAUUCCUGGUGAAGCUGAAAAGAGGAGUAUAUUACUCUCACCUAGUUCAAAACGGACUGAACAAUUGGUUGAUCAGAGGGAAGGCAUUAUUCUGACUCCAAAAAAUGUGCAGGCUUUGAGGACUCUCUUCAACAUUGCUCACAGAUUGCAGAAUGUAUUGGGUCCUUCUUGGGUUUUGGUUUUGGAGACUCUAUCUGCUCUUGACCGUGCAAUUCAUUCUCCACAUGCAACAACACAGGAGGUAUCUGCAACUGUCCCAAAGCUAACUAGAGAUUCAUCUGGGCAUCAUAGUGAUUUUAGUAUUCUCUCUUCACUAAAUUCUCAGCUUUUUGAGAGCUCAGCGCUGAUGCACAUAUCGGCUGUUCAAUCGCUUCUUUCUGCUCUCCGCCAGUUGUCGUGUCAAUGUAUGGAUGCAACUUUGAGUAGCAAUGGGCAGCCAUCGAAUCAGAAAAUUGGAAGCAUCAAUUUUUCUGUGGACAGAAUACUAUCUGUUCUCACCAAUAAUCUGCACAGGGUCGAACCAUUAUGGGAUGAUGUAGUUGGUCAUUUUCUUGAGCUUGCUGACAGUCCCAACCCACAACUGCAAUCCAUUGCCCUUGAUGCAUUGGAUAAGUCCAUAUGUGCUGUUUUAGGUUCUGACCAUUUAUUGGGGAAUGCUUCAUCUAAAUCAGCGGAUGCAUCAAAUGAUCUUAUUGAGCAAUCAAGGUUGAGGUUGCUGGAAUGUUCUGUCAUCUCUCCAUUGAAAGAUCUUUAUUCUUCAUCCCACAGUCUAGAUCUUCGUGUUGGAUCUUUGAAAAUUCUUCUGCAUGUUUUAGAGAGGCAUGGCGAGAAGUUGCGCUACAGUUGGCCGAAUAUUCUUGAAAUGUUAAGGUCUAUAGCUAAUGCAUCAGAGAAGGAUCUCAUUGCACUUGGAUUCCAGAGCCUUCGUGUCAUAAUGAAUGAUGGGUUGCCGACCAUACCUGCUAAUUGCCUCCAUGAAUGUAUUGAUGUAGCUGGGGCAUACAGUGCUCAGAAGACCGAGUUAAAUAUAAGUCUGACAGCUAUAGGUUUAUUGUGGACGGCUACUGACUUUAUUGUUAAAGGGCUUGUGCAUUGGACUCGAGAAGAAUCUGGGACAGUUGCAGAUCCAGAAAAUCAUGAGGAGAAAGCAGAGCCAAUCCUUGAUUCUCAUGAGGAAGUAAAUGAUGUCACAAACUACUCAAAUACUGUUGAACGUGACAAGUUGCUAUUUUCUGUUUUCUCUUUACUUCAUAAACUGGGGGCUGAUGAGAGACCAGAGGUUAGAAACUCAGCAAUAAGGAUGCUUUUUCAAACUCUGGGAAGUCAUGGGCAGAAGCUUUCAAGAAGCAUGUGGGAAGAUUGUCUUUGGAGCUAUGUCUUCCCUACAUUGGAACAUGCAUCUCAUUUGGCUGCAACCUCGUCAAAAGAUGAAUGGCAAGGUAAAGAACUUGGAACUCGCAAAGGCAAAGCAGUUCAUAUGCUUAUACAUCACAGUCGGAAUACUGCUCAGAAACAAUGGGAUGAGACACUUGCACUGGUGCUGGGUGGAGUUGCCCGGAUUUUACGAUCCUUUUUUCCAUUUCUUAGAAGUUUAAAAAACUUUGAAUCCGGAUGGGAAUCUCUGCUUGUAUUUGUCAAGAAUAGCAUUUUGAAUGGUAGUAAAGAAGUUGCCCUUGCAGCGAUUAAUUGCUUACAGUCCACUGUAGUUUCUCAUUCUCCUAAGGGAAAUGUUCCCACAACAUACAUUAUGUCAGUACUCGAUAUCUAUGAGGCUGUUCUUCAAGAAUCAUCAAACAGUAAUGAUCAUGUUGCAGGAAAGGUGAAGCAGGAGAUCUUGCAUGGUCUUGGUGAACUAUAUUCACUAGCGCAGGGGAUGUUCAACAAUGAAAUGUAUAGCCAGUUGAUAUUGGUUGUUGAUUCAGCGAUGAAAGAAGCCAAAAUAAACAGCAAUGCCAAUAACUUUGAAGCAGAUUAUGGUCAUGUACCACCAGUGCAACGGAACAUACUUGAAAUCUUACCUCUAAUAACCCCAGCAGCGCACCUUAGUUCGAUGUGGAAUCUCCUUCUCAUGAAUUUGUUGCAUCAUCUCCCAGCAGCCAAUCCCUUGUUAGAUGAAAUUGAAGAUGAUCCAAAUCGAAUCAGUAAUACUAAUCAUAUUGCGGUCCAAAAACAAGGAGAUGGGUUGAUCUCGAAUAACGCAUAUUCUUUAUUUACGGAGAAGCUUGUACCUGUCCUAGUUGAUAUCUUUGUGCAAGCUCCAGUAAAAGAAAAGUAUAACAUUUUCCCCAAUGUAAUCCAAAGUCUGGGAAGGUGUAUGACAACGAGAAGGGAUGAUCCUGAUGGCACACUUUGGAGAUUAGCUGUUGAUGGCUUUCACCGCAUUCUUAUUGAUGAUGUCAAAUGCGAAACCCUGUUAUGGAAAACACAUUUAACAAUUACAAAGUCUUCAAGGACACAUGUUUGGAAAGAAGUGGCCGAUGUGUAUGAGCUGUUCUUAGUGGGGCACUGUGGACGUGCCUUACCUUCAAGCAGACACUCAGCACCAGCCACCAGUACUGACGAGUCUGUUGAGAUGAACAUCUUGGACAUUCUGGGUGAUAAGAUUCUUGUGUCGGAUGCUGAUUUGCCUCCUGAUAUAUUGCAAAGACUAAUUUCCACCCUUGAUCGAUGUGCCUCUCGCACUUGUUCCUUGCCUCUCGAAACUGUUGAGCUUAUGCCUGCUCACUGCAGCAGAUUCUCUUUGAGGUGCUUGCAGAAGAUCUUUUCCUUGAGCAGCUAUGAAACAGGUGAUUGGAAUUUGGCAAGAUCUGAAGUUAGCAAAAUUUCAAUCUCUACACUAGUUUCCAGAUGUGACUACAUAUUAAGGAAAUUUUUGACAGAUGAAAAUGACUUGGGUGAGUCUUCCUUGCCAUCAGCAAGAGUAGAAGAAGUCAUUUUUGUACUUAAAGAGCUAGCCCGUCUUAGAAUUCAUUCGGAAACGGCAUCAUCUCUUCCUUUGCAUCAUCGCUUAAAGGAGGGUGUAUCUGAGGACAGUUUCCAAAGACGUUCACAUUUGCUAGUUCUGUUCCCAUCAUUUUGUGAACUUGUUAUAUCAAGGGAAUCGAGGGUCAGGGAGCUCGUACAAGUACUACUUCGACUUAUUACAGAAGAACUGGGCUUGCAGAAUAUUAAAUUAAACAAUUAACAGUCAGGUUUGAUUGAUUAGCAAACAUACAGUAUCGAUAUGUUGAUGAGUCGCGCGUGCAAGCUCUUUUCAAAUGGUUUGUAGAUGAGGAAUUUUGGAAUCAAAUAUGUAUAGUGAGAGAGGAAUGCUAUAUUUCCUCCUGCUCUAUGUUAUGUUGAAGCUAGCUAGCAUAGGGGUUUCUCAGAGGCUUGUUGAUCGAUCAUACAACAUUUUUAUGCCCUUUUGGUUUCGUAAUUUUUUUCUUCUUUCAUUUGAAUAGCUCUCGAUUUGUGUUUUUUUUUUUUUUUUUGGCGAGAUAUAUAUGCAUUGUAAGGUAAUGAUUGAUGAGCUUUCAGCCUGUUUUUAUACAUUUUGUAUUUAUGAAUGAAAUACAUUUUGUAUUUUA